CGUUUUUAUGGUCGUGUUUCCAGUGGGAAAAGUAAUCCCGGAAAGUGGAGGAGGCUUGCAGAUCCGCAACCGACCACACUGCCCAAAGAUCCACAAAACCCUGUGCUGAAACCAAGGAAAAGGUUUCUCAGUCCUUUGGCUGCGAAAACUAACCAGCCAACUCACAAUCAACUGUAAAGAGCACUGAUAUCUUCGGCCGGGAUCCGGAUCAGAAACCGCACCGUAUCCAUCACGGCAAGAACCGAAAAUGAAUCCAAGCGUGGUCGUGAAGGAAGAGAACGUGGUAAAAUCCGAGCUGGAGACAGAAACGGAUGUGGACGAUGGCGAGUAUGAUGAGGAAGAGAUGCUCGUUUUCGUGGACUUCGAGCCGUACCUAUCGCUGAACAACACGCGCAACCCCAACAUCCAGCUGAUUGGGUUGGAGGAAAAUCCAAUCAUUCAGGUCGAUGGCGAAACGUACCGGGGCACUUAUGACUACGCGUUCGGCACCUACGUGUUCUUCGAGAAGGACCCCGAGUGGAACCCGGCCUCGGAUUCGCUCUUCGACACACCGGUUAAGCAGAUGUACCGGUACGUGGACAAAUCCAACAAGGUGCUGCGCAUGAAACGGAUCUUUCUCACGGAGAAGGAACCGGUGGGCGAGGAAAGGCAGGCCAAGGAUGAGGUCAGCUCGGAGGCGGAAUCUACGAGUGAGCCGGAGGAGGACGAAAGGGAAAAGGUGAAUGUUACAAUGACCUACGAGGCAGCCCUCAACCAGCACCUGUCCGAAGGAAGCACCCCACCGCGACACAUUCCUGAGCAACAGAACGGUGCCGACCUUAUCAAUAAGAUCUUAUAAUUACAUGUACGAGGUGCUUUAACUUUUAGGAAAGAUGUGAGAGGAAAGUAUGUUGUCGACGUUGCUGUAAAUACAUUUUGUUAGAAAAGCUA